AUGAAGGUGCUACUCCAUUACGAAGACAACGAGGAUUCCUCCCUGCACAAAAGUCUCAAAAUUACACUCCCGAAAUCGUGGAAAACGGGCCCAACCUCCCGACUCCUGACUCAAUUCCUAGAAUCCUACAACGCGAACGAGUCCUUCCGAUCCAAUCCCCUGACUGAAGCGACAAUGCACUUGGAAACGCGAUCGAUCAGUACCGAAAGCGGUCCGACUGUGUCCGGAAGAGUAGCGCUGGCUUCCGAUGCCGUCGUUGUCGACGUGAUUGCCGAUCGUGCCGAUAUUUACAUUGUCCACGGGCCCUCCCGAACGUUGCAAGACAUGGCCGACGAAGUAGCCGAAGCGAAACGACAAAAAGCGGAACGUUUGAAAGGAUCCGUCGCCUGUCUGCACUUUGGUUGUCAGAAUCGCUUCCCCAAGGGCGGUCCCUAUCCCGACUGUCGAUACCACAAGGCACCACCCGUCUUUCACGAAACCGCCAAAUUUUGGAGUUGCUGUCCCAAUAAAAAAGCGUACGACUGGGAAACCUUUCAGGCCAUUCCGGGAUGUGAAACAGGGACUUGUACGGAUGUCAGAGAAGAAGGGGACGACGGCAAGCAAUUUCUCGGGGGCAGUGAUUUGCGCGAAAAGACGGAAGCCGUGCCGCUCAAGAGCAUUGACGACUUUAACAAGGCCCAGACUUCGGGAGAGGCGGCGCCCAUACUGGAAAGGUUGGAAACGGUUUUGUUGCAACUAGGAGUCGAAAAGGAGCUUUUCCAGCAGGUGGUACACGGGAUGAAGGUGAAUCUUGAAGCCCAAACCGCGAAUGAAGCCGAACUCAUGGAGGCCGUCAAAAAUGAGCUUGGUGGGAAACUUAAAGCUGCCAUCAAAGCAGUAGCGGUGGAACAGUUGCGAAUCAAAUAG